AUGCUUACUAUGAUGGACGAAGCACAGACGGGUGUAGGUCGCACGGGUCAUAUGUUUGCUUUUGAGAAUGAAGGCGCCGUGCCCGACAUUCUCACCCUCUCUAAGACUCUCGGCUGCGGGCUUCCCCUUACCUCUGUGAGCACAACUGCUGAAGUCGAGCAGGGCUGCAAGGAAGCCGGGUUUCUAUGGCCGACAACUCACCUUAAUGGUCCUCUUACUGCCGCUGUUGGCAAUAAGGUGCUCGAGAUCGUUGAGCUUGACAAUAUCUGCCAGCAUGCUGCUAAGCGUGGCGCCCAGCUCCGCGAGGGCCUUUAA